AUGACAAAGCCACAAGAUGGCAAAGAGACUUUACCAGUGUCCAACAACAACUUGGCCGACGUGCUGGGAGUCUUGCGUUAUGUUCACCAAGAGGUCAUUGUGGAACAUGUGGCAGGGAAUCCUGAGCGUGAGACAAGGAAGUAUGACAUCGAUGCCUUUGCCCACUAUCGGAUGAAGAUCCGAAAUCCAGACACCAUCCUCAAGGAUCCCAGCAAGAUGGCGAUUCCUGGCUUUGGAGGCUUCGGGGCAUUUGACUUUGGUGUGGCGACCUCGUUGGACCUCCUUGAACAACUUGUGUCGAGUGGUGACUUUGUCGGCAUCAGCAAGCAGGACUCACCACAGAUCAACUUCACACAUCCAUGGUACUGGUUUUCUGUUGAUGGGGACUGCCCAAAUUUGCCCUGGACAUGCGUCAAGCCCUACCCAGGCUGCCAAGAAAAGGCCCCGCCAACUAUGCCUCAGCCUUGUGAUCCAGACGGCUGCGCUGGCAAGAAGGAUCAGGAUGCUCGGAGCUGCACGGACAAGCCUCAAUUCACAGAUCCAACUGACACCGAAACGGCACGGAAAUGCUGCCUUCACUACAGUCAGCACCCUGACCAGGUGAUCAUUGGCGGCCUCUGCAACUCCUCGGUGAAGGAGCCCACCGGAGAGAUUGGGUGCGUCUAUCAGUACGAGGCCUUGACGUCCAAAGACUUCCUGCCGCUGGAUGAUCUCAAUGGCAUUAAUUCCAUGCCAUGCGGAGCUGAUGGAAAGAGGAAGUGCAGUGGCUGGAAAGAUUGGCGUGAUCAUUGUUAUGACCCCGAAGGGAAAUACAAGAAAAGGUUUCACUGCGAAGACUGCCAUGACUCGGGCGGGUGGAAUGUCACUACUCAGGUGACGGGCUAUUGUGUUGAGUAUGACUUGCAUCCAUAUUGCCAAGAGACACAGAACCUUUGCGAGGAUCCAAGAUGCAUGGCCUUGAAGCCUGAGGAGAAGGAGUAUGGCCUGCCCUUUUGGUCUGGCAAGUGCACUGUUUCUGGUAACCAGCUGCGGGCUGAAGCUGUGGCGAGCUACUUUUUGGGUGACCCGGUACGGAACUCGCACUGGUUAGUGGAUCCGGCCCGGCACUUGGUUGAGACAGGGCUGGGAAGCUGCGAAGUGAAUGGCACCGAUGGAUCUGAUGCAGAGCUCACUGCUCGAGGCUUCAUGCAGGUGAUGAGGCUGAUGGACAAUAAGGCCUGGGACGGAUUUGAGGAGCAGAUCAACAAGUCCUCUGCCGUAGAUUGGCAUCCUAGCCCAGUGGUCCUGGCUGCGCUUGGCUUCGCUGGCUACAAGUACUACUCCCGCUCUCAGCAACAGGCAAAGUCCCUUGUGAAGUCGACCACGAACUUUGUCCGCGAAAUUCUAAAAGAAGCUGACACUGAAGCCGAUGGUGGAAUCCCUGAAGCCAGAGAACUUCGCAAAGAACAGGAAGCCGAGAUUGAACCACGUCAUCAAAAAGCAGAUGAGCUGGUACAAGGAGCAGCUGGAACCUCUGUGCAAGCCUUGCAACUUGCUUUGGAGAUGGUUGAAGCUCUCCUCUUUCAGACAGUGAAAACUGAGCUGGCUGGUCAAUAUGCUACGUCGUCAUAUCUCACAAACUGGCGUCAGCGCAUCGUUAUGGCGCGAAUUGGUGAGAUCCUGUGGACCGUCAAGGAUGCUUUGGAGUUAGCGCGGGAUUUGCAGGACUCUAGACUUGAAGCAACCGCUUUGAAGGCCCUUGCACGGGUUCAUCUCAGUCGAGUGAAAGAACCGGAUGCACCUGUUGCUGCGAUCAAUGAAGCCACAAAGGCGUUGGAGGUUUUCAACAAGCUGGAUCAGGAGCUUCAGGAAGACAGACUUCAUGCAGACAUUCUGUUUGUCCUUGGUGAUGCGCAGCUGACAAAAGCCUUGGCGUCUCCCUUUAGCGAGGCACGAGAGGAGUCUUUGGAAGCCGCUGCUGCGACCAUGCGCCAAGCCAGUGAGGUCUACAAGAAGCUGGGGGAGACGAAGUGGUUGGGCCGUUCAAUGCUGGGAACGGCCUUGGCACUCGUAGGUCUUGAAGAUGAGGAUCAGCAGAUGGAUGGUGAGCGAUUGGCCGAAGAUGCCAAGGAUCUCUUUCAUGAUGCUGGCGAACUGGAUCUCGAAGUUGUCGCGGUCAUGCUCAUCGUGAAGUGUCGAAUCCGGACAUCGGGUCUGGACUGUGCUCUGCUCUCCGCAGAGGAUGCAGCUGAAGACUGGAAGGAGGAAACUGGAAGGCCUGAGCAUGUGGCAAUUGCCUUGCACACUGCAGCAUCCGUCUACUUUCAGUUGAAGGAAGGGCUUGACAGGGCAGCCCAAUAUUGUGCUGAGGCUCUCCAGCUUUUCCGUGCUGCUGAGUGGCGCCGAGCCGAGACAGCAGUGCUUCAAACCUUUUGCAGAGUGGAGUCAUUGAACCAGAACUUUGACAAGAGCAUCAAGUGCGCCAAAGAGGCGGUACUGAACUGCCGUGAGAUGAAGGAUCAACGUGCCGAAGCAGAAGCUCUUGCAUAUCAGGCAGAAGCUGCUUUGAGCAAGCUCAACACCGAGGAGAACACCCUUCCUACAGAAGAAGCUCAGGCUUUGGCUGAUGAGGGCAAGCAAUGCUCCGACAAAGCCAGAGACAUUUUCCUUGAACUGGGCGACAAAGAAGGACUACAAAUCGUGGAUGAGGUCACCUUCGUCUCCACGAACGUGGCCGUCGAGAAGUAUUGCGAGGCAACGCCUCCGACUCGGAUGAUAACCACCUUGAAGUCCGAUGGUCAUGGCGCUCAAGAGGUGUUUGGUGAAUGGAUCAUCAACCGUGGCGAGGAGAUGGACCCUUUGAAGGUCAGAAGAUUGCUCAAGGAUGGUCGCUGCACAGGGCCAGUGCAGUAUACCUGA